GAGAUCAACUGAUUUUGUCCCGAUUAAGGAGUAAAUUUCUUUCAUUAUGGUUCCAGUCUGCAGUGAGAGACAGGACACAUCAUGAAGUCCCUGCUGCUCCUCAUCUUCACUCUUCAUCUUACUUCAGCAGACACUCAUUCUCUGCAGUUCUUCUUCACUGGAGUCACACCAGGAAUCAGCUUCCCAGAGUUAACCGCUGUCAGUCAGGUGGAUGGACUUCACGUCGGGUGUUAUGACAGUACCAGCAGGAAAGUGAUCCUAAAGGUAGACUGGAUAAAGAACGGCAAGGAUGAAGCGUUCUGGAACCUGCUUACACAGACAGCACGUCUUAUUCAGGAGAACAUCAAGCUCACUAUAGCUGUAUUAAGACAGCACUUCAAUCAGACUGAAGGGAUUCACACAAUGCAGGUGAUGUUCAGCUGUGUGCUCCAUGAUGAUGGUUCCAAGAGGGGAAACAUGCAGAUGGGUUAUGAUGGAGAAGACUACAUCAGCCUGGACCUGAAGACUCUCACCUGGACUGCAGCCAAUGCUAUAGCUGUCAUUACCAAAGAGAACCUGGAGAAGACAGGCGAAUCUGGACACUGGAAGGACUUUCUGGAGAACACGUGUAUUGAGUGGUUACAGAUGGCUAUGGAAUUGGGCAGAGCCGCUCUGGAGAGGAAAGUCUCUCCUGAGGUGUCUCUGUUCCAGAAGGACUCUUCUUCUCCAGUGGUGUGUCAUGCUACAGGUUUCUUCCCCAAAGCAGUGAUGAUCUCCUGGCAGAAGAAUGGAGAGGAUCUGCAUGAGGACGUGGAGCUCAGAGAGACGCUACCCAACCAGGAUGGAACCUUCCAGAAGAGGAGCGUUCUGACUGUCUCACCUGAGGAGCUGAACAGACACAACUACACCUGCAUCAUUCAGCACAGCAGCCUGGAGAAGGAGAUGGUGUUACUGGUGUCUGAUCUCAGGGUUUCAGGUGGAGUCUGGAUGGGUAUCAUCAUUGGUGCAGUAGUGACUGUCCUCAUCAUCAUCUGUGUUUUUGUGUGGAUGAAGAAGAAGAAGAAGAAGCAUCAGUCUGGAGCAGUGGGCCAAAGCGGGAGGCAGACUGAUUUGGGUGGCGGAGUCCCUUUUUCACCUUCCCUGUAGUAUAGAGCACUUUGUGUGGCGUUGAGGAGCAGUGGGCCAAAGCGGGAGGCAGACUGAUUUGGGUGGCGGAGUCCCUUUUUCACCUUCCCUGUAGUAUAGAGCACUUUGUGUGGCGUUGAGGUGUGUAGUGUGAUCACCUGUGGUGUGUAGUGUAGGUGCUCCCCCCCCCCCUCUACUCUCAUACUUUCUUCUGCUGUGGUGAGCCCCUUAGCCCUGUUCCGUUUGCCACCAGAAAUUUAUGAAAUUGUAUAUGGAUCCAUAGGAUAUUAAAUUUAAUUGUAUUUGUGUCUUUUUAUUGUGCCAGGGUCCAGUAGGGGGCUUGUGUCCUGACCUGUCUUGGGAGGGAGAUUUUAAAUAAUCUUUAAUAAACUUUGAAAGAACAUUGGCAUUACGUCUCUGUCCAAGUGUGUCGAACCAGCGUGUCCUUCUGCCUUGGGCUUAUGUCCCAGGUAUAUUUCCUAGGGGUGAAAUUCCCCUAGGUGGCGUAGUCGUGCUACUUAAUUUACCCCUCCGCUCUGCCACACAUAGUUUCAGUUAUUAUUUAUUCUUACCAAUAUACUGUAUUCAACUUGCGGAAAUUACAAUACAUAAAAUACUGUAGUUUCAUAGGCAAAAAACCUGGUGAAAUCAUGUUUUUUUUUAAUUGAAAAUAAAUGAACAUAUGUACAAAACACUUUUUAUGCAUACAUUUAUUUAUUAUAUAUAUUAAGAUUACGAUUCACCACAUUUUACAUAUUAGGAAAAAUACCAUGUAAAAUGUGGCCUGUGCAAAAGUUUUGGCACAUUUUAUAUUUCACAUUUAUUUUUUUUUCCAACAUGUUAAACUUAGCCAAUGAAUAAAAAUGUGCACUGAAAUUUAGAGACAAAUGCCAUGUUUAAGUGUUCUCUGUGGAUGUUUCAACUGAUUCUUACUUAGUCAAUAACACCUGUAUAUGUAACAUACUUUUGACUGUGUGUUGAAGUGAAUAAAGAAACUGAAUGUGAAA